AAUGAGCUUCAUUCCACACCAUGGAUAGUCACAGAGCCCAGUCCUCGUACAGGAAGCGUUUUGGGCCUCAGGGCUCGGGCAGCAUAGGUGUCCGAAAUUCUUCCAACCGCGUCUCCUGGCAUGGCACCCCUCGCAACGUCACCUACUCCAGCCCGAUGUCCCGGAUCUCCUUGGGGAGCCCCGUGGACCGGCUGGACUUCCCAGCUGACUCCCUGAUGAAGGCCCACUACAAGGAGACACGCACCAACGAGAAGAUUGAGAUGAUGGGCCUGAAUGACCGCUUCGCCAGCUUCAUAGAGAAGGUGCGCCUUUUGGAGCAGCAGAACAAGGUGCUGGUGGGAGAGCUGAACCAGCUGAAGGUGAAGGAGCCCAGCCGCCUGGGGGACAUCUACCAGGAGGAGCUGAGAGAGCUGCGCAGACAGGUGGACAGUCUCACUGCCGGCAAAGCUCGGCAGGAGAUAGAGAAGGACAACCUGGCUGCAGAUCUGAACAUGCUCAAGCAGAGGUUGCAAGAUGAGAUUGGCCUCCGACAGGAUGCAGAAAACAAUCUGAUUGCCUACAGACAGGAUGUGGAUGAGGCGGCUCUCAAUCGGAUCCAGUUGGAGAGGAAGAUCGAUGCCCUGCAGGAAGAGAUAAACUUCCUGAAGAAGACUCAUGAUGAGGAGCUGCGUGAGAUACAGGAGCAGAUCAUGACCCAACAGGUGCACAUUGACCUGGAUGUAUCCAAACCAGACCUGACUGGUGCUCUGAGGGACAUCAGGGUCCAAUAUGAAACCAUGGCCUCCUCAAACAUGCAGGAGACGGAGGACUGGUACCGAUCCAAGUUUGCUGACCUGACAGAUGCAGCCAAUCGAAACACAGAAGCCCUGCGCCAAGCCAAACAGGAGGCCAAUGAGUACCGGCGUCAGCUCCAAGGGGUGACCUGCGAUCUUGAGGCUCUCAGGGGGACAAACGAGUCUCUGGAACGCCAGCUCCGGGAGAUGGAGGACCGCUUCGCCAUGGAGACUUCUGGUUACCAGGAUACAGUGAACCGUCUGGAGGAGGACAUCCAUGCUCUGAAGGAGGAGAUGGCGAGACACCUGCAGGAGUACCAGGACCUUCUCAACGUCAAGCUGGCCCUGGACAUCGAGAUCGCCACCUACAGGAAGCUGCUGGAGGGAGAGGAGAGCAGGAUCACCAUUCCAGUUCAGAGCUUUUCCAACCUACAGUUUAGAGAUACUAACCUGGACACUAAAACCCCGGAGGCGCACGUGAAGAGGAGAAUCCUGGUUCGAACGGUUGAGACCAGAGAUGGGGAGAUCAUUAAGGAAUCAACAACUGAACACAAAGAUCUUCCUUAAAGCGCAGUCCUCCUCAUGAUCUGAGGAUUAUUACAACGUAUUGUUUCCAAACCCCAAAGCUGCCCCAUCAGUCUUCACUUUAUUUCAUUUUUCUCUCCUUUCAUCAUCACCUUUACUGCCCUACAACCAUGACAUAGCCAUUAAUUACUCCUAGACCUCCCCAAAAACAUCUUUAUUCAGCUUUUGUACAGCUGUAAGUAGAAUGUAGGUCACCCACCUUAAAUGAUCUGUAGCCUGUUCCAGUAAAAACUAUUGGAAAUCACUGGUAACUUGUUUGAUUUUAAUUCUGACUGACAGCCCAGAUGUUUAGCAUUGUUUCAGAGUAGCUGCCAUAGAAGAGGCCUUGAUCAGUAGCGAUUGUGUUCAGCUAAUAUGUAGCAUGGCGGAGGUUGACUUGUGGUUAUGUGUAUGUGAAAUGUGCCAAGAGAAGUACAAGAGGAAGUUGAGUUUUUGCAGAGACCAGAAUUGGAUUUAGGCAGGAAAUGAGAGGUAUGUGUUUGCAGUUAAAUUUGGACUGUUUAGUUUUUUGUUUUUGUUUUACCUUACCUGGUGCUAUUUUGCAUUUCAUUAAUUUGUGCUAGCUGCAGCCACCUCUGCUUGUGUGUUGCUGCUUGUAUAACCUGCAGAGGUGUUUUCAAUUAGCGCAUGCUAGUCUCACCUCUGGCUGAUUAGACGUGUGCUCAGAUCAGAGCUGGGUGGAAAUCAGCAAACUGAAUUCUGUAUUUUGUUGAUGUAACUUUUUCUCAUGUUACAACCCUGAACCUCACAGAGCAGCCAAACAGUCUGCUAUUGCUGCUUUUAAAGGGUAAAACUGCAAAACCAGGUGAUACGACAACACGUGUUAUGUACGACAAACUGGACAGUCAGUGAUCUGUAGACAUUGUCAUUGAGUUUACAGACAUAUAGCCUACAGUAUAUUUACCUUUACUGACACCAGGGAGGCACACAGGAGUCAAGCAAGAUAUGUUAGCAAAAACCAAAAAAAUCUCAAAGACAUCAGAAAAACAGAGACAGCUGACAGGCAUUCCAGAUGAGAUCACUGUAGAGCCCAAACUCAAUCAAAGGUAUGAUGUUUGAUGUAUUCGUUUUGGCAUCAGGAUUUUCAUUAUCUCGCAAAACAACUUUCCUCCAUCGCUUCACUUCUGCUCUUCUGCGCAUCCUCUAUUCAUCACACACCCAGCUGGUGGCAUCUUCUCUCUUGAACACCACCUGAUAAGACAUGUUUUGACACCAGGACACGCCAGGGCAUGUCAUCCAGCAGGGGUGAUAGGCGCAGAUUCAGGUUGGAGGUGUGGAGGAGGUGUUUGGAAGCUGUCGUGUCCUCCAGGCCUCCAGUUCCUCCACCAAUAUCCCUCCUCCCAAAUUCACCGGCCAAUUUCUGCAGUGUUUGUCUGAUAGCAGAGAGAGAGAGAGAGAGAUGGAGAGACAGCGGAAAGUGUUGUGGAGAUAACCUCAAACAAAUCCCACAGCAACAGAAACCCUUAUUUUUUUAAAUGUUUUGAAAGGGAUGAUGCAGGGGUGAAAAGGAAAAGGAGACCCGGAGGAAGGAUGCAUGGAUGUCACAGCUGUGAUCCAAGCCUCCUGCUUUGUUGGAAGUCCCGCUGACUGAAGCCGUGCUGACAGGCCCUGCCGCAAAUGAAAGUGAUGCUACACCGAAGCUGGCUCUGUCGCUUGUGCUCGUCGCCAAGGACACGCUGUGAAUCUGUGGUCCCAUGUGCCUCCCACCUGCUCCCCUCCACAACUUCCACUCCUGUCACUCAACCCCUUGUCCUGUUUCUCCCAAUAACAUGCAGCCCUCCCUUGUGUUCCUUUUGUUUGUUCGUUUUAAUGUCGAUCUUAGAUAGAACUUCUGACUCCUGAGUCUUGUAGCAGAGACACAGAUGAAUCCUGCUUUUUUGGGGGGGAAGAACCCUCUGCAGGUGGGAUAUAACGUUAGCUCUGACCAAUGCUACACGCUGCGAUGUUAAAUUAACAACAAUAAAACAUGGUUAUUAGA